GUGGUGGAGAAAGAUGGUGUAGCCCUGCAGUCCGCUUCAUGCUUCCAAGGCUGGAGAACACAGACACACCUUCAGUGUUGGUGUCAUUUGAAGAUGUGGCUGUGGACUUUACCCGGGAGGAAUGGCAGUACAUGGACAACACUCAGCGGACCCUGUACAGGGAUGUGAUGCUUGAGACUUAUAGCAAUCUGCUGUCCUUGGGGUACAGCUUAACAAAACCUGAUGUGAUCUUGAAAUUGGAGCAAGAUUCAGUCCCACAGACAGUGGACAAAGCUGUAAACCAGAGACUUCCAGAUUCCUACAGAAAGAAUGAGCUGCUUGGAGCUAAUCAGAAAAGUCAAGAAAUAAUCUUGAGGCAAGUUGUAAUCACAAAAAUUGUAUAA